AUGGCGUUGAAUAUACUCACUCCUUCUCAAGUCCAACAAUGGAAAGAAGAUGGUUAUUUACUUCUACCCAAUUUCUUUUCUCCCGAAGAAUCGGAAGAAAUGUUAGACGAAGCUAAGCGGUUAUGCGAUGAAUUCGACGUCACAGAUCAUCCAAUGACAACAUUCAAGACUCAAGCUGAUGGUGAGCAUGUCGGAGAUGAUUAUUUCUUAAGUUCAGGAGACAAGAUAAGAUAUUUCCUCGAACCAUCUUCGUUAGCAACUGCAACUCCAUCUGAGCCAUCCAAGCUACUAGUCGAACCUGCAAAAUCAAUAAAUAAAAUAGGUCAUGCGUUAGCACCUUUAAAUCCCAUUUAUAAGAAAUAUACUCUGGAUAAUCCAAAGAUCGUUGGUCUAGCAAAAGAUUUAGGCGAACAGGAAAGUCCUAGGGUGUUGCAGAGUAUGAUCAUUUGUAAACAACCUAGGAUAGGUGGUAUAGUACCAUGCCACAACGAUUCGACAUUCCUUUACACCGAUCCACCUAGUGCCAUAGGUUGUUGGAUCGCUUUGGAAGACUGCACACCUUCGAACGGAUGUUUGUCAUUCUUGCCUGGAUCCCACAAAGCAGCUAGAAUCGCUUCGAGAUUCGUUCGUGAUCCCUCUGGAAAAGGAACUACUUUCACAGAUGUUCCUGGAAUAGAAAAGAAUCAGGAAAAUUGGGAUGAAAUGGAAGGUUGGAAAGAAGCUAGUUGUCCCGCUGGCACUUUAGUUUUGAUCCAUGGAAGCGUAAUGCAUAAAUCACCACCUAACAAAUCAGAUAAAUCGAGAUUGAUCUAUACGUUUCAUAUGAUCGAAGGUGGAAACGGUACAAUAUACGAUGAGAAGAAUUGGCUACAACCUACUGAAGAGAUGCCUUUCCCAGCUCUCUUUUGA